AUGUAUGGCUUGGAGGACGAGGGCCUAUCCCCCUCAGCGGCCGCUGAAAUCGACGAUCAGGACGCAUGGGCCGUCAUCUCAGCCUACUUUGAGGAGAAGGGCCUGGUGCGGCAGCAGCUCGACUCCUUCAACGACUUCAUCAACACGUCGCUUCAGGAGAUUGUGGAUGAGAACAAGCUGAUCUCCAUCACGCCGCAGAGCCAGCACGUGCCGGGCAUGCAGGUGGAGGACGAUGUGGAGAAAAUAUUCGAGGUGGAGUUUGGACAAAUCUACUUGUCCAAGCCAGUCUUUAUCGAGGCUGAUGGGGAGACGGCGGUGCUGUUCCCAAAGGAGGCGCGGCUGCGCAACCUCACCUAUGCAGCGCCGCUUUACGUGGACAUUGAACGGCGGGACAAGGUUGUACACUCGGAUGGCAGCGAGGAGGUGGAGGUCACCCCCUACCCCAAAGUGUUCCUGGGCGAUGUGCCCAUCAUGCUGCGCUCAGACUAUUGCAACCUCAGCGGCCGAAGCGAGCGCGACCUGUGCGAUCUGGGGGAGUGCCCAUACGACCAGGGCGGCUACUUUGUGAUCAACGGCAGCGAGAAAGUGCUGAUUGCACAGGAGCGGAUGGCCAACAACCACGUCUAUGUGUUUCGCAAGAGCCAGCCCUCCAAGUAUGCCUAUGUGGCAGAGUGCAGGUCGGUGGUAGAGGGCAGCACGCGCACAGUGAGCACGAUGCAGGUGAAGAUGCUGUCGCGGGCGGGGCAGAAGGGGGCGGGGCAGUGCAUCCGGGCCUCCAUCCCCUACGUGCGUGCCGACAUCCCCAUCCUCAUCAUCUUCCGCGCCCUGGGAUUUGUGGCCGAUAAGGACAUCCUGGAGCACAUUGUGUACGAUUUUGGGGACACCACGAUGAUGGAGGCGCUACGACCGUCCAUAGAGGAGGCCUUCCCCAUCCAGAGCCAGGAGGUAGCAUUGGACUACAUCGGCAAGCGUGGCAGCACCAUUGGCGCCACACGCAAUGCACGCAUUCAGUAUGCACGCGAGCUGCUGCAAAAGGAGCUGCUGCCACACGUCGGCAUGGAGGAGUUCUGUGAGACCAAGAAGGCCUACUUUUUCGGUUAUGUCAUACACCGCCUGCUCCUGGUGGCGCUGGGCCGGCGCGAGGAGGACGACCGCGACCACUACGGCAACAAGAGGCUAGACCUGGGUGGCCCACUGCUGGCCAACUUGUUUAGGCAGCUUUUCAGGAAACUGAGCAAGGACGUUCGGGGUUAUGUGCAAAAGUGUGUUGACAAGGGCAAGGAGAUCAAUCUCACCUCUGCCAUCAACAAGGACACCAUCACUCGCGGGCUCAGGUACUCACUGGCAACUGGCAACUGGGGUGUGGUGGGCGCGGGCGAGGUGCGGCCGGGGGUUUCGCAGGUGCUCAACCGCCUGACCUACGCCUCCACGCUGAGCCACCUGCGGCGCAUCAACUCGCCCAUCGGCCGCGAGGGCAAGAUUGCCAAGCCACGCCAGCUGCACAACAGCCAGUGGGGCAUGAUCUGCCCCGCAGAGACGCCUGAGGGGCAGGCCUGCGGGCUGGUGAAGAACCUGGCGCUCAUGACGUAUAUCAGUGUUGGCUGUGCCAGCAAUCCCGUGCUCGACUUUCUGCAGGAGUGGGCCACAGAGGACCUGGAGGAGAUCUCGCCAUCGGUCAUUCCCAAGGCCACCAAAAUUUUUGUCAAUGGCGUGUGGGUGGGCAUCCACCGCGACCCGCAGACGCUGGUGGAGACGCUGCGCGCAAUGCGGCGGCAGGUUGACAUCAGCACUGAGGUCGGCGUUGUGCACGAUAUUCGGCUGCAGGAGCUGCGGUUGUACACCGACUAUGGGCGCUGCUGCCGGCCGCUGUUCAUUGUGGAGGACCAGGCCGUCAAGGUCAAAAAGCGAGACAUCAUUAACCUGCAAAACCGGGAGGAGACGGGGUUCACGUGGCAGAGCAUGAUUGAGGCAGGGUACAUUGAAUACGUGGAUGUCGAGGAAGAAGAGACCACCAUGAUUGCCAUGUUCAUCAACGACCUGCGCCUAGCGCGCAUAGCGGAGGAUGCUGCCACCGCCAGCAGCAUUGCGUUGUACACACACUGCGAGAUCCACCCCGCCAUGAUCCUGGGCGUCUGCGCAUCCAUCGUCCCCUUCCCAGACCACAACCAGUCGCCCCGCAACACAUACCAGAGUGCCAUGGGCAAGCAGGCCAUGGGCAUGUAUGUGACCAACUACCAGGUGCGCAUGGACACCCAGGGCUAUGUGCUCUUCUACCCGCAGAAGCCGCUGGUCACGACACGCAACAUGGAAUACCUGCACUUUCGGGAGCUACCUGCUGGCAUCAACACCAUCGUGGCCAUUGCCUGCUACUCGGGCUACAACCAAGAGGACUCCACCAUGAUGAAUCAGUCGUCCAUCGACCGCGGCAUCUUCCGCUCCAUCUUCUUCCGCUCGUACAAGACGGAGGAGAAGAAGCAGGGGUCGCUGGUGCAGGAGUCAAUCGAGCGCCCUAACCGCGAGAUCACCGCGGGCACACGUCACGGCACCUACGACAAACUGGAUGAUGACGGCAUUGCACCGCCCGGCACACGUGUGUCAGGUGACGACAUUGUGAUUGGUAAGACGAGCCCCAUUCCUGAUGAUGGCAGUGGCCUGCCCCAACGGUACAGUAAGAAGGAUGCCUCCACUGCACUACGGCACAGCGAGAGCGGCAUGAUAGACUCGGUGCUGGUGACUACCGGCGCAGAUGGCCAGCGAUUUGUCAAGAUGCGGGUACGCUCCGUUCGCAUCCCUCAAGUCGGUGACAAGUUUGCGUCGCGGCAUGGGCAGAAGGGGACCAUCGGAAUCACCUACACACAGGAGGAUAUGCCAUUCAGUGCGGAGGGCAUCUCCCCCGACCUGAUCAUCAACCCCCACGCUAUCCCCUCCCGCAUGACCAUCGGCCAUCUUGUAGAAGCGCUAAUGAGCAAGGUUGCGGCAUGCAUGGGCAAGGAAGGCGAUGCUACCCCUUUCACGUCUGUCACGGUCGACAACAUUUCAGCGGCCCUGCACAGGUGCGGGUACCAGAGCCGUGGCUGGGAGGUGAUGUACAAUGGACACACUGGGCGGCAGCUGCAGGCGCAGAUCUUUCUCAACCCCACCUAUUAUCAGCGUCUCAAGCACAUGGUGGACGACAAGAUACACUCGAGAGGGCGAGGGCCGGUGCAAAUCCUGACUCGGCAGCCAGUAGAGGGACGCGCUCGUGACGGCGGCCUGCGCUUUGGAGAGAUGGAGCGCGACUGCAUCAUCUCACACGGCGCCGCUGCCUUUCUCAAGGAGCGCUUGUACGAUCAGAGCGAUGCCUAUCGCGUGCACGUUUGCUCCGUCUGCGGCCUGAUUGCGGUGGCCAACCUCAAGAAGAACCAGUUUUACUGCACCGCCUGCAAGAACACCACGGGCAUUGUACAGGUCUUUAUCCCAUAUGCCUGCAAGCUGCUCUUCCAGGAGCUGAUGGCAAUGUGCAUAGCGCCGCGCAUGAUCGUAGACUGACGAUUCUAGGCGUAUGUAGCUCUGUGCGUCUCCUCAAGGGUGUGCGUCCAAAGACGUCUCCAGUUCUACUGAAGUUCUCUCGCUCUCUUCUCCUCCCUGCUCUAUCCCAUUUCUGUUCCGGCUUGUUUCCUGAUUUCUGCUUUUUUGUCUCACUUUUUUGAAAGGGAGACAUUGGCAUAGAAUGGAAGCCAACUUUCC